UCUCUUCUGCAAGUUUAUCUUUCAGAUCCCCCACUCUCCCCAAGUGCUUAGGUACGCCUGUCCAAGCAGAGUACGACAACUCGUCAAACGUGAGACGGCACCGCCAUUGGGCCUGCUCGCUUCUCGACACUUCUCGAGGGCUGUCCGCCUCUCUCGUAUUGACGGUGCCGACGGACGAGACAGCCUAUCAACCCGCCAUACCGGAACAGCCUACACACACCUCCACACACUACAAACAAACAUAGAAACUGCUCCGUUGAUUGGUACUGCUUCUUUGUCUCUACCUUAUUGACCCACAUCCACGAGCCGCUAGUACGGCUCCUCAUAUUAAUUCCCACGAACGCUGUUCCUGUUCACACGCGGCCACCAUGAGCCGUCGUUACUCCUACAACUCCGAUGCUGGCGAACGCGCCCCUCUAGAUCACUCUCCCUACGCCCUUGCCGACACUCGCGCCGACACCACACUUCACUCACCACAGCGACAUCCAGCCUCAGGCCGUCCCAUGUACGACGUCGACGCCUCUCAGCCGCAAUACGAAGACGAAUCAUUACCCUACAGAGACUACCCUUCAAACCCACCGCCGCCGCCAGCACAUUCAGCUCGUCCAGGUGCCCACCCGGACUCGUCUUUUGCCCGGUUGCGCCAGGGUAGAGCCCAGGGCGGCGCCACACAAGGAGUAGUGGCUUCUUCAGCAGCCCAACCUAUACUACCCUCACAGCGCGAAUCUGUGGAGCGCACCUGGGGACACGAAUCACAGCCAAACAGUAUCACCCCCGGCGCCGAUAACUUCAGCGAGGCCGCCGCCGGUGGCAUCCCUGGUCUCGCCAUGAGCGUUGCAGAACGACACGCCCGGGAAAGCGGGCUCGAGGCUAUGAGAGCUACGCAGCAGUAUCAAUCACAACAACAGCAACAGCAACAACCCCCGUAUCCCCAAGUCUAUCAACGGACACAACCUCAGAAUACCUCAUACGCGCAAGCGCAGCCCUACGGGCAUGAUCAACCCUAUCAGACUCCAAGCAACCACAGCUCUUCGCCAAAUUUGGUACCGCCCUUUGCCGCCUCUACUCCCACGCGGAGCAUGAACAGUUUCCAGAGUGAUCCAUUUCGAGACCCUCAACUGGCUUAUGGUCAAAGGAUGGACCCGAGGUUAGGGCAGUUCAAUCCCAACGACAUCGAUGACGAUGGUGAUGACGGUCUCGAAUACCGACGCUCUGCGAGAAAUAGCAUGUUGAGCUUAGGUAACUCGAGUGGUAGUAGAGCUGCAAAUAACAACGCCGCUGCCGCUGCUGGAGCUGCUGGCGGCGCAGCAGCAGGCGGUGUUCUCGGCGGUCUCAUAGGAAGGAACCGGAAUAGUAGUGGCAUUAAUUACGAUCCAGUACAAAAUCCGUCAAGUACUGCUUACCAAGGCGGCGCGCCCGGUGAAUAUGAUCUCGGUGCUAGGGCAGAAAAGUCUGAGUGGAUGGCAAAACAGAGCAGCAGCAGAAAGAAAUGGAAAUGGAUCAUCGCUAUUGUCGUUGUGCUAAUUGUGGCCGGCGCUGUCGUUGGUGGCGUGUUGGGAUCUAUGUACGCGAACAAGGGCUCUAAAUCUGGCGAAAGCGGCUCCCAGGGACAAUCGGCGGACCAAGACGUUGCACAGAACGGAGAUCUCAACAUCGACUCCGACGAGAUACAAGCUCUACUCAACAACCCCAAUCUUCACAAGGUGUUCCCAGGAGUGGACUACACUCCUAUCAACGUGCAAUACCCCGAUUGCAAAAAGAAUCCCCCUUCCCAGAAUAACGUGACCCGCGACGUAGCCAUCCUCUCGCAACUCACCAACGUCAUCCGAUUGUAUGGAACUGACUGCAACCAGACCGAGAUGACGAUCCAUGCUAUAAACCAGUUGAAGAUGCAAGACGAGUUGAAAAUAUGGCUUGGCGUAUGGCAAGAUGAGAACAACGAGACCAAUACUCGUCAGCUGGAUCGUAUGUGGACCAUCCUGGAUCAGUACGGAGACAAGCCAUUUAAGGGGUUGAUUGUCGGCAACGAGAUUCUUUUCCGCGAGCAGAUGACAGCGUACGAGUUGGGAACAUUGCUGGAUGACGUUCGCACAAACCUCAGCAAGCACAACUGGGACCUCCCUGUAGCUACCAGUGAUCUCGGCGACAAGUGGGACUCUAACUUGGCACAACUCAGCGAUUAUAUCAUGGGUAAUGUCCAUCCCUUCUUUGCAGGCCAAGACGCCAAGGAGGCAGCCGCAUGGACCUGGACCUUCUGGCACAACAAAGCAGGCUCCUUCUUCAAGUCCGACGCUGAGAAGAACGUUAUAUCAGAAAUCGGGUGGCCGACGAAGGGCGGCAAAGACUGUGGCGAGGCGGAGACGUGUGAUGUCGGAGCCGUGGCUAGCAUCGAUGGGCUUAAUACCCUGCUCGACACCUGGGUCUGCCAAGCUUUAGACAACGGCACGAAUUAUUUCUGGUUCGAAAUGUUCGACGAGCCGUGGAAGAUCAGCUUCAACGAGCCGGGAAAGGAAUGGGAAGACCAAUGGGGCAUAUUAGACGUCAACCGAAAGCUGAAGAAAGGUGUCAAGAUACCUGACUGUGGCGGUAAGACGGUGUAAACACCGCCCUUGGUCAGACGAUUAUUUGAUCAACCAUUUUCACGGGAGAGGGAAAUUAUUGUACAGCAACCGCGCGUCAUAGGGAGGGAACGCUUGUAGACAAAUAACGGCAUAUGAGUACCCUACGAAUUUUUCUCAUCUAGGGUAACCGGCGUUGGUAUUUUGUUGAUUGAUCUGAUGCUAUUUUCAGUUUUCAAUUCAUCAUGUGGUCUCUUUUUAUUCAUUUAUCCCUGGGGGAACGGGAAGGAAAGGAAAGGAAAGGACGGGAGGGCAUUGUUAGUUUAGUUAUGCUAUAUAGAUACACACUAGGCGGGAGGAGAUUCUGAUAAGCUUAAGUACUUUGAUGCGCGUAAAUAUGAGGCGAAAUGGAAUGAUUUGAGGCCUUUUUUUUUUUUUUGAUAGUAGAUGGCAAUGAUAUCAUUGCUUCGAUAUAUACAAUCAGUGAGUGCAAUAUUAGCUGCGCUGUGGGGUUUUGGAAUGGGAUUAUCUACCUAUUGAGGAAGGGAUGGAGAUGUAUUUUGAUAUGAUAGGGAUCGAGAGGCAUAAUAGGUACGAGGUGGUGGGUGGUGGUGUUUAAUUGAAAAGGGCUUGAUGAUCCUCAUUAUUGCACGCCUCAGUGAUUGAGAUUUUAUGAAUACAAAUGCGAUUUACACUUACCUAGCUUAGUUCAAUACCUACCUCUCUCUAUAUCAUGAUAUUCUCGGGCAACAAGUAUAUAAAUAAAUAAUUAAUGAGCU